AUGGUGCCCGAAAAGGAGGAAAAAGUGGCCGAGAAGGUGUGCUAUGACAUGCCCACCAAGAAAAUGUCCUCCCACCUUAAGCCCUUGUAUGUGGGAGCUCAUUUCGAUGGAGUUCCGGUGAGUAAAGUCCUUGUGGAUAUGGGGGCUACGGUCAACAUCCUACCAGCCUCAAUCAUGAGGAAAUUAAAGAAAGGCUCAGAUGAGUUAAUCCCGACCGAGACAACGGUCAGUGGGUUCGUGGGAGACACCACAACUUCAAAAGGGAUUCUCCCACUCCAAGUUAGAGUGGGGCAAAAAGUUAGAAUGACUGCCUUCUUUGUGGUGGAGACAACGGCCCAUUUCAAUGCUUUGUUGGGCCGAGAUUGGAUCCAUGAAAGCAUGUGCGUGCCCUCUUCACUUCAUCAAUUUUUACAAUUUUGGCACGAGGAUGGAAGUGUAGAGAUUGUUCAGGCCAAUGUACGGCCCUUCAUGGCCUCCACCAAUGCCGUAAAGGCAAAGUUUUAUGAAGAUGACAUUGGGCCCCUUUAUUUUACGAGGUCAAAUAAGAACGACCGACCUACGGGAGUCUCGGCCCAAAAGUUGAUAGACUUGGGGGCACAUGAUGCCCAAGCGGAUGGGGAGCAGGAAGAGAAGAAGGCCGCGGUGGAAGACACUUUGAGAUGGCUAUAUGGUUUUUGGGCCGAAAGAGCAACCGAGCAUGGGUCCACCGCCAACUUGGUGGAAUUUCUUCAUGAAGGCCUGGAAGAUGAUGCACUUGAGCUCGAAAAAGUAGAGUUGGCACCAAGCGAGAUGGAUGAUUCGAAGGCGGAAGUCCAAGACCCUUUGUUAGAAAUCAACUUGGGGACGGAAGACAACCAUCGACCGAUCUACAUUAGUGGUCUAAUGGAGCCAGAACUUCGGGCCAAGAUGGAAGAGCUUUUGAGAGAGUUCAAGGAUUGCUUCGCUUGGGAUUACACCGAGAUGCCCGAAUUGAGUCGCGACUUAGUUGAGCAUUGCCUACCAACGGUGGAAGAUUUCAAGCCCUUCAAGUAG